AUGAUUCAGCUGGCACUGGCGAUCCUACUUGUAUUCAGCCAGCUUACUUCCGUGGUUCUCGGUCUGAGAACAACAAAAGGCUCACCUUGCGCAAGUGUCUGCAAUCGCGAUUCAACCAACACCACCUCAUCGGAGAUUGUUUGCUUAGAUCGACAAUACAACAGUACCUUGAAAGGAACGCAUUUCCAGGAAUGCGUCGACUGUCAAUUGCGCAGUGACUUCUUCGAUACAAUUUCGGGGGAAUCGGACGUGACUUGGGGACUUCAUAAUCUUCGCUAUGCCUUCACUUCGUGCCUUUAUGGAUACCCUCAUCAGGUGGCCAAUAUCUCGUCGCCGUGUGUAGUGACCUGUUCGUCGCUGCAACCGGCUCUCGAUCAGAAUAUACAGAACCCAAGUGCCUAUGGAUUCUUCGAAUGGUGCGGCUCGUCAGCAUUUACGGAUGUCGUCGCUACUCAGUGCCAUGAGUGCUACAACCUGACAGCCAACCAGAUUUAUCUAGGUAACUUCAUCGAAGCCAUCCGCUACAACUGCCACUUCCGCACAUCAGACGGCGAAGCAUUCCCCAUCAGCCCCAGCGAGAUCUUCACCCAAAAACCCCUCCCAGAACAUACAGUAUCCCUAACCGAUCCCCCGAAAGACGGCUCAGGAGUAAACCUCCCCCUGGUCAUCGCCGUUCCCAUCGUCGGAUUUAUCGUACUAGUCUGCGCACUCAGCGUCUGCUGUUUCUUCUGCAUCCGCCACCGUCGCAAGAAGUCGAAGGCGCGCGAGGAGAGGGAGUUCCAUGAGCAGUGGAAUACCAUGGCUCUUGCCUCGCCGGGUCCGGGUGCUUGGGGACAAUAUCCCGCACAAGCGCCGGUCAUGUCGCCGGCUGUUUGGGGGUAUGGUGGGUAUGGAUAUGGGCCUGGGGUUGCGUAUUCGGAUAAUAAUGUGAAUGGUGGGCAAGGACAGGGUGUGGGGUUUGCGAAGUCGGAUUUUGAUACUAUUCAGCCGGCUGUGGCUGUUACGUCGACUCCGACACCUGGUUCGUUGGAGCAGGAGCAGGAGCAGCAACAACAACAACAACAACAACAGCCUACCGGAAACGGGAAUGAGGGACAGGUACAGGCUCAUGCUCAGACUUAUUUCCCGCCUCCCCCUGGCGCCCAAACCCAACCGCCACAUGGUUCAUGA